AUUCCUGUCAACAAACCAGAUUUUCAGGGAGUGGAACAGCCAGGUUUUCUCCUAUGUGCAACAAGUAACAACUGCCAGGCUUCAGAACUGAUGAUGAUCACACCCAUGUUAAAGUAGUGGGUAGAAGAUGGCUGCAGAGCUAUUUCCCACCAAGAAGUUGGUCCCUUCUACCUCAACUAGCACCACCAUCCAGCAAUACCAGCAGCAGAAUCUGACUAACAACAAUGGCAUCAAGGGCUGCAACUGGCAGGGUCUCUACCCGACUAUCCGAGAAAGGAAUUCAGUCAUGUUCAACAAUGAGGUGAUGGCGGAUGUACACUUUGUGGUUGGGCCACCUGGUGGAACUCAACGAGUACCAGGGCACAAGUAUGUUCUGGCUGUGGGUAGCUGGGUGUUCCACGCAAUGUUCUACGGGGAACUAGCCGAGGACCAGGAUGAGAUCCGCAUCCCAGACGUGGAGCCCCCAUCGUUCUUGGCUAUGCUUAAGUAUAUCUACUGUGACGAGAUUGACCUGUGUGCAGACACAGUGCUGGCCACCCUCUACGCUGCCAAAAAAUACAUAGUGCCUCAUCUCGCAAGGGCUUGUGUCAACUUCCUGGAGACCAGCUUGAGUGCCAAGAAUGCCUGUGUCUUACUGUCUCAGAGCUGCCUGUUUGAGGAACCCGAUCUGACGCAGCGUUGCUGGGAAGUGAUAGAUGCCCAGGCUGAGCUGGCUCUGCGCUCAGAAGGCUUUUGUGACAUUGAUAGCCAGACCCUGGAAAGCAUUCUGCGCCGCGAAACCCUCAAUACCAAAGAGAUGGUUGUGUUCGAGGCAGCGCUGAACUGGGCUGAAGCCGAGUGCCAGCGUCAGGACUUGACCCCAACCAUCGAGAACAAGCGCCUGAUGCUGGGCAAAGCCAUCUACUUGAUCCGCAUCCCCACAAUGGUGCUGGAAGAGUUUGCCAAUGGUGCAGCACAGUCAGGUGUGCUAACACUCAACGAGACCAACGACAUCUUCCUGUGGUAUACUGCAGCCAAGAAACCGGAGUUGUUGUUCUGCACCAAACCCCGCAAGGGCCUGGCACCGCAACGCUGCCAUCGCUUCCAAUCCUGUGCCUAUAGGAGCAACCAGUGGCGGUACCGUGGCCGCUGUGACAGCAUCCAGUUUGCAGUGGACAAGCGCAUUUUCAUUGGAGGCUUCGGGCUUUACGGCUCAAGCUGUGGUUCGGCUGAAUACAGCGCCAAGAUUGAGCUGAAGCGGCAGGGGGUGCCCAUGGGCCAAAGGAUCAUCAAGUACUUCUCUGAUGGCUCUAGCAGCACAUUCCCUGUGUGGUUCGAGCACCCUGUGCAGAUUGAACCAGACACAUUCUACACGGCCAGCGUGGUGCUGGACGGGAACGAGCUCAGCUACUUCGGCCAGGAAGGCAUGACAGAGGUGCAGUGUGGGAAGGUCACCUUCCAGUUCCAGUGCUCCUCGGAUAGCACUAAUGGAACAGGGGUGCAAGGAGGUCAGAUCCCUGAACUCAUCUUCUACGCCUGAGACCCGGGCAGGGGGUGGGGAGGGGCACUUCUGUUAUCAAGAGAAACUCCUACUUUGUGGCCAUGUUUGGCCAUUAAACUGUUGAGAUUUACUUCUCAGGAACACUUGAAAUAAUCAGGUCUCUUGGAAAUAUGGUUCUUUGAGUCAAUAGUGUGCCGGUGAGCCUUUAUGAUGGUGUUUUGGGGUUUUCCUCCAAUAUUUGAACAAAGGUUUUAUAGGUGCUCAACCCUAGUUUAAUAGAUAACCAUAAAUAAGUAAAGCUUAAAACGUAAUGUUUUCAUGAAGAAAUGUGCACCACCAGGAAUUCGUGAACAAAAUCUUACUUACAUUUUGUGAAGAUUUUACUUAAGUUUGUGCAUAUGCUUAUGAGAAGCAUAUGCCACAGAUUUCCUUCAUUAUCGACACUUAAAAGGCAGUACGUUGUUCCGCCUUUUUGACCUAUGUUGUCAAACUGAGGGCUAGAGUGCAUUCAGAACGAAGUAAGAGGGCAGAGCCUCUUUAUUACGUACAUAAAAUUUGGGGAUUAAAAAGUACAACAUAAAUGGUAACAAACUAAACUUGUUAAACUUGAUCAUUUCAGAAAAGGCCAUUUCAGUUUGAUUUUCACAGGUAAGCACUGCCCACCUGCCCUACCCGCACAUUGCUGGUGGUUUUUGAGAAGCAUAACAUACCUGCUAUUUGAAGGAUACUGCUCACUUUUCUGAAGCGCUGUCAGUUUAACAUGAUCAUCCAAUUGUUUGUCCAUUUAUUUUGAUAAUUAGGAUGGAGUAUUUUUGAUAUCCACUCUUUGCGAGUCUAUACAUUGUUAGAUAUUUUUACUCAUAUUGCUAAUAUAACCUUUUUCCUAUGGGACUAUGGAUUAUGUCUCUGCCUUUUAUAUGUUUUAAACUGAGAAAAUAACACUAGCUUUAACAGACAAUCCAUCCACCAAUCGGAUGUGGUUUUUGUUUCAUCCUGUAGCGAUACAAUUUACCCAGGAAAAGGCAUUGUUAUACAGUCUGGUAGACCAGGUAUUGGAUUUUGAUACUGAGAAAACUGCCAUUUUAAUUUGAAAUCCCCUCAGGGAUUUUUCUUUCAGUACUAAUUCAAUCAUUUUUGUACAAAUAACCUGCACAAGUCUGUGUUGCUUUCGAAAAUGGAUAAAAUUUUAUUUUGACUUAAUAACUAAGCUUUGUGCUUCAGCAGUUGUCCCUUUUAAAUUAAUAUUUUUUUAACUAAAGCUGAAUAUAAUCACUUGAGCUGAAUGUAAUUAUUCCAACUCUGUAAAUACUUUACGUAUGCAGUUCAACACUUGUGUGAUACACUACUUUAAAAAAAAGUCCUCUAAAUGUGUUUUUUUUUUUAUUUUAUAUUUAGAAAAUUAGAUAUUUUGUUACCCAUUGUCUGAUUCUUAACAGAAAGUUGUGCUACGAGUUGACAGUGACUGUUAUGAAAUUGUAGAACAUUUGCAGAUUUUGGAAAUAAAGGUUUAAAGUGUUUAAGGUCUCCA